GAAAUCAUUCCAACCGUAUGCUUUUUCACUUAACGACUUUUACGAUUUUAAGAGCUCGAUAUUUAUCAAAUAUGUUUCGUUUGAUAUUUACCUGUUUAUUAUUAAUUUUUUAUUGUGAAUGUAAGAUCCUGAAUCCUGUGAUAUUAGUACCUGGUGAUGGUGGAAGUGAAUUUGUAGCAAAACUAAACAAGACAACUGCUCCUCAUUCUUGGUGUGUUCUUCAUACAGAUUACUACUUUAGUUUAUGGCUAAAUCUCGAAGAGUUAGCUCCUUUUGUAAUAGAUUGCUUCACUGAUAACAUGAAAGUAUUAUAUGACAGAGAAAAACAUAUUACCCGCAAUCCACCAGGUGUUGAAAUAAAGAUUCCAGGAUGGGGAGAUACAAGGACGGUGGAGUGGCUUGAUUCUUCACAUAUCAGUCCUACAUAUUACUUUUCAUCUAUUGUUAAUGCAAUGGUAAAAUGGGGAUAUGAACGAAAUGUAUCAGUAAGAGGUGCUCCAUAUGACUUUAGGAAAGCUCCAAAUGAAUAUGCUGAUUUUUACCAGAAUUUUAGAAAUUUAGUUGAGGAAACAUAUGCGCUAAACAACAAUACUAAAGUUGUCUUGCUAGGCCACAGCAUGGGGAAUCCUACCACACUGUACUUCCUUAACCACCAGCCACAGUCAUGGAAAGAUAAGUUUAUUCAUUCAUUUAUAUCAUUAGCUGGUGUAUGGGGAGGAUCUGUUAAACCAUUAAGACUCUUUGCUUCAGGCGAUAAUCUGGAUGUACCCUUUGUAAAAGCAUUAAAUGUGAGAGUCCAACAACGAUCCAUGCCUAGCACUGCUUGGCUGUUGCCGUCAGAUAUGUUUUGGGGUAAGGAUGAAAUCCUAAUUGAAAGACCUGGAAGGAAUUACACAGUCAAUGAUUACAAACAAUUCUUCAUGGAUAUUAAUUACAUAGAUGGGUGGUACAUGAGACAGGACACAGCAAAUCUAAUCAGAUUACUGACGCCCCCUGGUGUUGAGGUUCAUUGUGUCCAUGGUUACGGUAUUCCUACGCCUAAAACUCUUGUGUAUACAGGCAAUAUGUGGCCUGAUACACAACCUAAUGUCAGAACAGAUAAUGAUCUUGGAGAUGGUACAGUAAAUAUUCGUAGUCUGAAAGGAUGUUUACACUGGCAAGGGAAACAACCCCAGAAUAUUUAUCAUGUUCCUGUCAAAUAUGCAGAGCAUAGGAAGAUACUUAAGAACAAAGAUGUUAUAGCAUAUUUAAAGAAAAUCUUGACAAGUUGAUGUUUGAGUGUUAAGUUCAGAUAAUGUGUGUCCUUUGCUGAAAAACAAUUUUAUUUGUUGGUGCAAUAUUUUUUGGGGGGAAGGGGAAGGGGGUUUUAGUCUCUUUCCAUUAUUUUCCAGAAAAUAUAGCAGGGAUCAAAAACCUAACAGAAAUCCAAGUUCAUAUUCAUUACACAUAUUUGUCAAACUCUUCAGGAAUACUGCAAGGGUAGAGGUCAGGUUGUCUGGAAUCUUGAAAACCGAACACAUGAAUAGGCUACUUGCCAAUUCCCGUAAUUGACCCUGUAAUUAGAGAUCCAUUUUUUAGUUGUCUCCCUAAUGAGGGACAUUAAAUUAUUUAUUUACAAUGGAGAGCUGGCAGAGAGAGCAAAUUUACCUGAGCGUAAUAUGAGUUAUCUUAUUUCAAAAGUUUUUAAAUCUUUCAAUUACAUUCAUUUGUUGUUAAGCUAAAUACUUUUGACACAAGAAAUAGGUUUUCUUGAAAAAUAAGUUAAACCGCCGAUACACCACUUUCAAUUCGUCAUGCAUUGCAUUGGCAAAGGCCAAUUUUGUCCGGUAUGGAACCAGUCUACGACUGACAAAGGGAAGUAAUUUGUUUAAAAUGUGUGUAAUAACAUAUUCAAAUCGGUAAUUGGCAAAUAAACUCAUCAUAGAUACCAGGACAAAUUUUGUAUUUACGCCAGACGCGCGUUUCAUCUACAAAAGACUCAUCAGUGACGCUCGAAUCCAAAAAGUUAAAAAGGCCAAAUAAAGUACGAAGUUGAGGAGCAUUGAGAACCAAAAUUCCUUAAGGUUUUGCCAAAUUCAGCUAAGGUAAUCUAUGACUGAGGUAGAAAAGCCUUAGUAUUUCAAAAAUUCUAAAUUUUGUAAACAUUUAAUUUAUAAAUGUAACAAUAUCAAUGAUAAUUCAUAUCAGCACAAAAUGUGCUGACUACUGGGCUUGUGAUACCCUCGGGGAAAGAAAUCUCCACCAGCAGUGGCAUCGACCCAGUGGUUGUAAAUAAACUCAUCAUAGAUACCAGGACAAAAAAAAAUAAUACGCCAGACGCGUGUUUCGUCUACAAAAGACUCAUUAAUGACGCUCGAAUCCAAAAAAGGUGAAAAGGCCAAAUAAAGUACGAAGUUGAAGAGCAUUGAGAGAACCAAAAUUCCUAAAGGUUUUGCCAAAUCCAGCAAAUGGACAAUUAGAGUUAAUGUUUCUGUGGUAUUCUGCUGUUUCAAUAUAUGUAUCAUUCCAUAGAAUAUAGAAUAAUGAUCUGAAUCAUUUAGAUCUGAUUGAUUUAUCAAAACUACUCUUAAAUUUAUUUGCUUUUACACUGCUGAAUUUUAUCUAUUCUGUGGAAGUAAUCAGAAACGAACAUGUAAUAUCUUGUUCAGUUGUCAAAGAAAUAUGCAUAUACAUGUAGUUAAACAUAAAAAAAAAACUGCACAAAUUCCACUGGUUUCCUGAAUCUUCAGUAAUUUAAGAUUACUUGAUGUUUCAUUAUACUAUAUAGCCUAAAGCUAAUAACCAGUGGGUUUAUACUAUUUCAUUGUACAAGAAUGUAAAUUAAGAAAUAUAAAAAUUGUUUCAUGGCGUUGGAUACUUCGCUACAUUUGACGUGAUGUCCCUUUAAGAAGAAGUAAGCAUAAAAAUGCAGAAUCAUGCACCACUUUUUUCAUUUGUUAACUAUUGUAGUAGUUUUAUUUAUAAAAAUGUCCAUGUCACAAAAUAACUUCUACGUAAAAAAAAUUAAAUAAUUGUGUUUAUGAGAUCAUUUUGUCUAAUUUUGUGGAUUGAAGAAAACUGGCAAUUUAGUGGAUAUUUGAUUCAUGUUUUUGCAACAGUUAACAGAACAUUAAUUUAUAAUGUUUACCCUUCCGGAGCACCUGAGAACACCCUCAGUUUUUGGUGGGGUUCGUGAUGCUUAUUCUUUAGUUUUAUAUGUUGUGUCAUGUGUACUAUUGUUUGUCUUUUUCAUUUUAAGCCAUGGCGUUUUCAGUUUAUUUUCGAUUUAUGAGUUUGACUGUCCCUCUGGUAUCUUUCGUCCCUCUUUUACAAACGUUUUCAUAUUUUUCAUGGUUUAUGUAUAUGAUUUUCA